AGAACCGUAGAUCAAGUUUGGUUUAAUCUCAAAUCAUCACCUGUUGAAUCUCGAAUCCUUUUCUGAUAAAUCUGAGUUGAUUGUUUCAAUAAAAUCGAUUUGAAUUCCUUACUUGUUGAUCACGGUAUUGAUUUGCCGCGUUGCUUGAGAUUUGUUUGAUUGUUUCCGAUUGUUUCUUUCAUUGAAUCUCGAAUCUUAAAUCAAAUUGCCCGUGGAACUACUUACUUGUUUCAGUCUUUUGUGUGUAACAGAAAACAAUGGGAACUGAAGAAGAUGAUGCAACGUAUAUGAGAAGAAACAAACUCCUACAAGAAGCUAUCACCAAACAAGUAAUGGAAGACUUGGUAAAGUUGCUAGAUGAGAGAUACGAUCAGAGAGCCCCUGGUAGACAAGACCAAACGACUGAUCAUCAGCAAGCACCUAGGAGGAAUGGACGUGAACGACAAGAGCAUGCUGGUUCACAAGAAACUGAUAACUUUUAUGAAAGAGAUAGGGCACGGCACAGCUCGGCUUCUAGACAUAGCUCUUCCUCUAGACACAGCAGUAGAAGAUCUAGACGUGACCAUGAAGGGCGUAGGUAUCAAAGAGAUGAGCUUGCUGGAGUUAAGAUCAAGAUACCUCCUUUCCAUGGCAAAGCCGAUCCUGAUGCUUAUCUAGAAUGGGAGAAGAAGAUUGAUCUAGUCUUCAAUUGUCGGCGUUAUUCAGAAGCUAAGAAGAUUCAAAUUGCUGUUACUGAGUUCUAUGAUUAUGCUUUGAGUUGGUGGGAUCAACUAGUCACCAAUAGAAGGCGCAAUGGGGAAUUUCCUGUUGAGACUUGGGCAGAAAUGAAGGCUCUCAUGCGCAAGAGAUUUGUGCCUAGCCAUUACCACCGGGAUCUCCAUCAGAAGCUAAGAAAACUCACGCAAGGCUCACGGACAGUCGAAGAAUACUAUCAGGAGAUGGAGUUGUUGAUGUUAAGAGCUUGCAUAUCUGAGGAUAGAGAAGCUACUAUGGCACGGUUUCUUGGAGGACUCAACCGUGAGAUACAAGACAAUGUGGAGAUGCAGCACUACUUGGAGAUGGAGGAGAUGCUACACAAAGCCAUUCUAGUGGAACAACAAGUAAAGAGAAAGGGUCACUCUCGGGGCAACUAUGGAACUAAGUAUCAAGGUGCUAAGGAAGAUAAGCCAAGUCACCAGAAAGAGAGCAAGUCAUAUCAAAAGGAUGAGGACAAACCUACUAGUUCUUUCAGCAAGGAUAAAGGAAAAGCUGAAGCCUCUACUACAAGAUCAAGAGAUGUUAAAUGUUUUAAGUGCCAAGGAAGAGGACACUACGCUAGUGAGUGCACCAACAAACGUGUGAUGAUCCUACAUGACAAUGGAGAAUAUGAGUCUACUGAUGAGGAGACAGAGGCCGAAGAAGAUCACAGUUCAGAAGAAGAGUAUGUUGCCAACCCGGUCGCUGGAAGGUUGCUAGUUGCUAGAAGAACCUUGAGUCUUCAAAGCAAGUCCGAAGAGAUGGAGCAAAGAGAGAAUCUCUUCUAUACUAGAUGUCUAGUGCAAGGAAAGGUCUGUAGUCUUAUUGUGGAUGGAGGCAGUUGUGUCAACGUUGCGAGUGAGACUAUGGUUAAAAAGUUGGGUUUGAAGGUCCAGAAGCAUCCUAAACCAUAUAGGCUCCAAUGGCUCAAUGAAGAGGGCGAGAUGAGAGUUUCUACUCAGGUUAUUGUUCCCUUAGCCAUUGGUAAAUAUGAAGAUGAGAUUCUAUGUGAUGUGUUGCCUAUGGAAGCGGGGCACAUUCUCCUUGGAAGGCCGUGGCAAUCAGAUCGACGUGUGAUACAUGAUGGGUACGCCAACAAGCACACCUUUGAGUUUAAAGGGAGAAAGACAGUUCUUGUGCCUAUGACUCCUAAGGAAGUUCAGGUUGAUCAGCUCCAACUACAAAAGAAGAAAGAGAUUGAUCUACCCGCUGAAUCAACCAAGCAACUAAACUUCUAUGCCAAGUCUGGUGAUGUUAAAAGAUCUCUCUGCUCUAACCUUCCUAUUCUUUUGUUUAUCUAUAAGGAAUCACUCUUGACUACUACUGAUAUUGCACCGGAGUAUCCGAGUGAACUUGUAUCUCUUUUGCAGGAAUAUCAAGAUGUUUUUCCAGAAGAUAGUCCCAAAGGACUACCACCAGUGCGAGGGAUUGAACACCAAAUUGACUUUGUGCCUGGUUCUACACUCCCCAACAGGCCAGCAUACAGAACCAAUCCGGUUGAGACCAAAGAACUACAAAGGCAAGUGGAGGAACUGAUGGAGAAAGGGCAUAUCCGAGAGAGCAUGAGCCCUUGUGCUGUUCCAGUACUGCUUGUGCCCAAGAAAGAUGGGAGCUGGCGCAUGUGUGUUGAUUGUAGAGCAAUCAACAAUAUAACAGUGAAGUAUCGCCAUCCUAUUCCUAGAUUAGAUGAUAUGCUUGAUGAAUUACAUGGUUCAUGCAUCUUUUCUAAGAUAGAUCUAAAGAGUGGAUAUCAUCAGAUUAGGAUGAAAGAAGGAGAUGAGUGGAAAACUGCCUUUAAGACUAAGCAUGGGUUAUAUGAGUGGUUAGUUAUGCCCUUUGGAUUGACUAAUGCACCUAGUACUUUCAUGAGAUUGAUGAACCAUGUGCUUAGGUCUUUUAUAGGUUUGUUUGUGGUAGUUUACUUUGAUGAUAUCCUAAUCUACAGUCAGAGUCUAGAAGAGCAUAUAGACCAUCUUAAGACUGUUCUUGAUGUGUUGAGAAAAGAAAAACUUUAUGCUAAUCUUAAGAAAUGUACAUUUUGCACAGAUAACUUGGUCUUUUUAGGUUUUAUUGUGGGUGCAGAUGGGGUUAAAGUUGAUCCGGAGAAAGUAAGGGCUAUACAAGAAUGGCCAAUCCCUAAGACCGUGAGUGAAGUAAGAAGCUUCCAUGGACUUGCUGGCUUCUAUAGGCGCUUUGUGAAAGACUUCAGCACCAUUGCAUCUCCCUUGACUGAAGUAAUCAAGAAAGAAGUCGGAUUCAAGUGGGGAGAAGCACAAGAACUUGCUUUCCAAUGCCUUAAAGAGAAGCUUACUCAUGCCCCUCUUCUUAUACUUCCUGACUUUCAUAAAACUUUUGAAAUAGAAUGUGAUGCCUCUUCCGCAAACCUCAGAGCUCACUACCAUGUCCAUUUCAACCAAGAAGAAGCUGUCUGUUCUAUCCGGCUGUUCAACACCUCAAGAGGCAGACGUGUUCAUCCUGGAGUCCAGAAGCUGUCUGCUGCUGUUUCUCAUCAUCCCAUGUCGCCCUUGAAGAAAGAAGACCCAAGGAAACAAAGACAAUGGAGCGGAUUAGCUACCCUCUCUAACAAAGCCAGUUCCGGGUUCUUGCUAUUCAAAGUCCAAGAAGAAGUUUCUCAAGAAGAAAGCUUGCUGCUUGUACUGGUGUGGCGUGUACAACAUGGAGAAAGGUGGGAGCUAAGACAUGGUGGUUCAAAAGGAAAGGUUGAUGCACUUGGAUUCAAGUCUAAGAUGCAGUUAAGGCAGAAGUUAAAAUGGCCUAAGUACAUGAGGAGUGUUCUUUGUCCAUCACUAAUCCGAGUAGAAGAGGAAGACUUUGCCAUUGAUAAAGCAAUGGAGAAAGACUUGUGUGUAUGGCCGGUUAAGAUAGCGCAGCUAGUGAUAGUGAUGUGCUCCUGGUUCAUGGAGACACACAUGUAA